CCGGGCCACAUUGUGGAUAAGUAUCUGAGAGACAGAUCAUACGCGAUUAAAAAAAAGGUGAAAGGUGGCUCGAUGGUCAGUGUGAAACUCAUCGACCACUGUUCCUAGUUCAGAUCAAAUAGAUUUCUUGACCACUUCGAGCAGGCAUAAGGACGGAAAGCGAGCGUGCUUUGAUUUCUUCGAAUGCAGUUUUAUUUAGAAUGGUAAUGAUGAAGCGCUGGGGCAAGUGCGCAAGGGGGUUCUUUCGUUGAAGUAGGUUUGAAGGUGACUCCUGCGUGUGAAGAAAGACGCUUCCUUACCAAAAAAAUGGAACCGGAACAAGGACAUUCUCAGACCCAGACCUGGAGCUCGUCUCCAGGUAAAGCCGAGUUGUCUUGUGAGGCGAUGGCGCAUGCGCGGGCUCUCUCUGGCUUGGCGGUUAUCGAAAGGAAAGUAGCACAUGGGUCUUGUCGUCAUUGCUGGCUUACACUGUCAUAUUGUGCCUGUUCGGCUCUACACAAGGAGUUGCUGACCACAGCGAGGCGAGGGACGAAAUUCGUCGUUUUCAUGGACCCUUUAGAGUUGCGGCGCAGUGUGGGAGCCAAUACCGGGAAGAUGCUGCUUCUCUGGGGAGCGGAGCUCGUCGUUUUUGGCCACACGGAACAUAUGCGUCGAUUAGAACAACUUUGCGCCGCCGCGCGUAGACCUCCGGUAUGUCUGUUCCCCACUGCCGACGCGGUUCCAGUUCCGGCAUUCGAGGGAAACGGAAGCCGCGGGACCAUCGUCGAGGACGCCGCAGACGAUCAUGAUGGCGACAGGCGAAACAGGGCUAAUGAGAUGAUUGAUCUUCAAGGUCCUCCAGACUUGAUCAUCAUCCCGGAUGGAGACUGGCGGAGGUGCAAAGUCAUGCUCCGUUGUUUGCCUCCUCGAGUGCACAUGUGGGCCUUGCGGCAAGAAGACAAGGAAAAAGCUGAAGAGAACAAUGAGGUUGGGCCUAAGGAGAAAGCUGAAGAGGAGAAUGAGAUUUGUGGUGAGGCCCAAGAGACUAAGGAAAAAGCGCACGAGGAAAGAGGGAAUGUCCCAAAGGCGGAAACAGUCCGGGAGGAGGAGAUAGAGCAGGAGAAGCGUCCGACGGACGUGCUUUUUGGACGGACUAAGAAGUACCCGCUAGGACCAGUUGCUCGUGUCCAAACUGCAGGGGCAUUUUGGCUACUCUGCUCUCAAAUGGGGCAACGAUUUCUCUCCGAAGGAUUGCUAGAGCUGAUGGCGAGCGACAUACAGCAUCUGGUUUCGUGCUAUCACCGGCAAAUCAAUCGCACUAUCGUAGCAGAUGGUCCGCAGCCACAUCACUUUUCCUCAGGUCGUGAAGCAAGGCGAGCACGGAUAAAUCGUAGGCGCGCCGAACAAAGGCGUAAUAUUGUUCCUGAUGUUUGUUCUAGCCCACAAAGAACACUGACAACACUAAAUCCUCCUGAUCGUAAUGUAGAGUCGCGCUCUUCACUAUCUAAAAAACAACAAGAGCUCAUGUUUGAGUCUCACGGAAGUGGAGGUGCAUAAGUAAUAUGACAAUUACCCUCAGAUAUGAAAUCUCAUGAUAGAUAACCUUCAGUAAAAAUAUGCAUCGUGAAAUUGCACAAGUGUCGUGCAGAUCUUGUUCUUUCUUUACCCAAAUCACUGUCUUGAAAUUACAAUUUUCGAUGUGGAUGUCGGGAAAAAUUCGGUGAUGUGGGUGUCAAAUUGUAUUCGUGUUCAUCAUAAUUUCAGUCAUGUUUAGUGAUACUACCAGUACGGACGUUAUGAUGAUGAUCGUACCUAUAACAAGCUCUAGGCUCUGCUUUCUGUGAUAAUGGAAGACUACCCAGUCGGUGGAAGACGUGUAGGUGG